AUGUGGUUGUCAACAAUAAGAUCGGUCGCGCUCUUGUCAGGGCUUGCGGCUCUUGUCCCCGGCGCUAUCGCAGCAGAGCCCAUGCUCACCUCGAAUUCGUUAAACAAUUGUCAAGAAGAUUCCCAAUUUACCGCCAGUCUCUUCCAGGUUGUCUACACUCCAGUUAACAACACAGCUUUCCUAAACAUCGUCGCGACAUCAUCUGUUGAAGGAAAAGUCAAUUUCGAUGUUGAUAUCUCAGCAUAUGGCUACAAGAUCAUUGAGACAACUAUCGACCCUUGCAAGGUCGGGUUAGCUGGUCUCUGCCCCAUGACUGCGGGUAAGAUUCCAUUGAAAUUCAACUUACCUGUCGGCGAGGAAGCUGCUUCUCAGAUUCCCAGUAUUGCCUACAACUUCCCCGAUCUAGACGCCACCGUCCGUGUUACCUUACGAAUGGUCGAUACGAAAAAGAGCGUCGCCUGUGUUGAGGCUGAUAUCUCUAACGGCAAGACUGUCAACUUGAUUGCUGUUAAGUGGGUUCUUGCAAUCAUUGCUGGUUUGGUACUCUGUUCUUCAGCUAUUAUCAACGGCCUUGGUCACUCUAACGCUGCUGCUCACAUCGCUUCCGGCGCGCUUUCGCUGUUCAGCUUCUUUCAAGCCCAGGCCAUUCUUGGUCUAACCUCUAUCCAUCUGCCCCCCGUUGUCCAGUCGUGGACUCAGGAUUUCCAGUGGUCGAUGGGUAUCAUCAAUGUCGAUUUCAUGCAGGAUAUCUUUACCUGGUAUCAGCGAGCUACUGGCGGUACACCUUCCACCAUUUUCGACUCGUUGACAACCGUUUCCGUGCAAGUAGAGAAGCGUGCUCUCUCUGUCCUUCCUGAUGCUGCCGUUGACUUAUACCGACGUUCGGCUGCGAUCCUUCCUCGCGGCGCGUCAUCGCUGAUGAAGCGCGGUAACGUGAUGACAGGCUCUGGCAGUUACCUCGUGUAUGGUAUCCAGCGUGUGGCUUUCAGGGCUGGUAUCGAGACGACAAACCUUUUCAUGACUGGAUUGACGUUUUUCUGUCUAUUCGUUGUCGUUACCAUUGGUGCCGUGGCUGCGUUCAAGGGUCUCUGCGAAUUGGCCGUGAAGCAAAAGUGGAUGAAGGGUGACACUUUCCUCGAGUUCCGCAAUGGAUGGCUUACUGUCUUGAAGGGUAUCCUGUUCCGACUUACCCUCAUUGGUUACCCUCAGAUGGCCAUUUUGUGUCUCUGGGAGUUCACGCAGAAUGACUCGCCCGCUGAAGUGGUUCUAGCGGUAUUCUUCAUUAUUGGAAUGACGGCCACUCUAGGCUGGGCUGCCUCUAAGGUCAUCCGAAUCGCUCGCCGCUCGUUGGCUAUGCACCGGAACCCCGCCUACAUCCUCUUCUCCGAUCCCCAGGCGUUGAACAAGUGGGGAUUCCUAUACGUCCAGUUCCGUGCCUCCGCGUAUUACUUCAUUAUUCCGGUUCUUGGAUAUUCUUUAGUCAAGGCCAUGUUCAUCGCCUUCUCGCAAGGCAACAGCACUGCCCAGGCCAUCGGAUUCCUCUUGAUCGAAGCUGCUGCUCUGAUUACCGCCAGUGUACUCCGACCGUGGAUGGACAAGAGCACUAAUUCGUUCAACAUUGCCAUUUUCUGCGUUAACUUUAUCAACGCCAUUUUCCUCUUAAUUUUCUCGGAUGUCUUCAACCAGCCUCCACUAGUCAAUGGCGUUAUCGGUCUUAUUUUGUUCUUCCUUAAUGCUAUCUUUGCCACCAUUCUCCUAAUCAUGGUCAUUGUUUCGACCACCCUGGUCUUCUAUCGCAAGAACCCCGAUGGUCGUUACCAGUUCAUGGCUGAUGACCGAACGUCGUUCAUGAAGUCGCAAUCUCAACUCACAGCGGGUUAUAAGCAAGGUUUAGACCUUGACGAUGACAACGAAUCGAUAUCAUCUGCUGAACUGCGCCGCCGUACGGAUUCGUCAAACUUGACCGUCCCUACAUCAGCCCCAAGCAACCCAUACGGCCGUAACAACACGAACUCGCCCCAAUCCCCGGUAGAUCCCUCGGUACCUCUAUUCCCAGCUGCAGGUGGUCCACCAAGGGCUCAGAGCCCCUACGCUGGAUCCAGCGCUCCCUUGCAACACCAGCACAGUGGCAGUCCUCCCUCAUAUCGAGCACAGAACAAUGCUAGUCCGUGGCAACGAGGUGCAGGUUACGAACACUAG